UAUAACAUAACCUGAACAUUCUUAAAAUGUUCUGAAAAAUGUCAACAACGAUGUAUUACGAGAAGUUUUUCCAUUUUUUGUGCAUUUUAGCUGCAACAAAUGCGUCUAUUUAUGAAAAUUUGAAAUACUUUGAAAUAAUGCACGCAGACGAACUUCACCACCACAUUGUUAAAAGGGGAGCUCAAGAAAGCGUUCAUCCACUAAACAAAAUAAAGGAGGUUAGAUUUAAAACACUUGGGAGGGAUUUUCGGCUAAUCCUAUCACCAAAAAAGGACAUGUUGCAUUCUAAGUUCAAAGCUUACGCUGUUGAUGCUGAUGGAAAAGAAACAAGCGUUCAUAUAGCUCGUGACAAUUUUUACGCUGGUCGUGUUUUUGAUGAAAUAAACUCAUAUGCAAGCAUUCAUAUUGAAGAUGAUGGAGUUAUGACUGGUAUGGUGAAAGUAAAAGAUGAAACUUAUCAUAUCGAGCCUUCUUGGCGUCAUUUACCAAAGUUGGACAAUAGAACAAUGAUAACGUACAAAGCAUCUGAUGUAAAGUUUAGCUGGGACCACAGUACUCUUGGCCCUGACCAAGUCGGCCCCAAAAUAUGUGGAUAUGUUAAGGAAGGGUCAGAGUUAGAAGAUAAAGAUGAUUAUGAAAGUCAUCGGACUGAUACUGUAAAUAGAGAGAAAAGACAGGCAGAACAAUAUGAAUAUUCAAUUACCAAGACUAGAUGUCCACUUCUCCUUGUUGCAGAUUACAGAUUCUACCAAGAAAUGGGAGCAAGUAAUAUAAAAACGACCAUUAAUUACCUGAUCAAUUUAAUAGACAGGGUUCACAAAAUAUACAAUGAUACCACCUGGCAAGAUAGACAAGACCUGGAUGGAUUUAAAGGAAUGGGUUUUGUGAUUAAGAAAAUCCUUGUUCAUAAUGAUCCUACAAGAGUAAGGGGUGGUGAAGCUCAUUACAAUAUGAACAGAGACAAGUGGGAUGUUCGCAAUUUGCUAGAGGUAUUUGCACGAGAAAAUACGAGCAAGGACUUUUGCCUGUCGCACCUGUUCACCCACCAAACAUUUAAUGCUAGAGAUUCUGUAGUUUUGGGCCUUGCUUAUAUUGCCUCCCCUAGGCUGAGAUCGCAUGGCGGCAUCUGUUCAAAGGAAUACUUUAAAAACGGUUACACUCUUUAUUUAAAUUCGGGAUUGAGUUCAAGCAGAAAUCAUUAUGGACAGAGGGUGAUAACCAGAGAGGCAGAUCUCGUCACUGCGCACGAAUUUGGGCACAAUUGGGGCUCCGAACACGAUCCAGACAUACCCGAAUGUUCUCCCAGUGCCAGCCAAGGGGGCUCCUACUUAAUGUACACUUAUAGUGUCAGCGGAUACGACGUGAAUAACAAGCGUUUUUCCCCGUGCAGCUUACGAUCUAUACGCAAAGUUCUCCUGGCCAAAUCAGGAAAAUGCUUCUCGGAACCCGAGGAAAGUUUCUGCGGCAACCUAAGGGUCGAAGGGGAUGAGGAAUGCGACGCGGGUCUCUUAGGAACCGAAGAUAACGACGCAUGUUGCGAUAAGGACUGCAAAUUGCGUAGACUGCAAGGAGCCAUGUGCAGUGACAAAAAUUCCCCCUGUUGCCAGAACUGUCAGUAUAUGCAGAAGGGAGUAAAAUGCAGAGAGGCUCAGUACGCAACAUGUGAGCAAGAAUCAAGGUGCACUGGAUUCCAGGCCGAUUGCCCCAGAAGCCCUCCGAUGCCAGACGAUACUGAUUGUCAAGAAAGGGGAAAAUGUCGAAACGGCAAGUGCACACCAUUCUGUGAAACACAGGGACUUCAGAGUUGCAUGUGUGACAUAAUCGAGCAUGCUUGCAGAAGAUGUUGCAGGACUAGUAUAAACGAAACAUGUUUCCCUGUAGAGCCUGCGGAUGUCUUACCUGACGGUACACCUUGUAUACAAGGUUUUUGUAAUAAGGGAAAUUGCGAGAAGACGAUUCAGGACGUCGUGGAACGUUUUUGGGACAUUAUAGAAGACAUAAACAUUAACAAGGUCCUGUUAUUCCUCCGGGACAAUAUCGUGGGAACGAUUGUUCUCGUAACUGCCUUGCUAUGGGUCCCUGCCAGCUGUGUGAUUGGUUAUUUCGACAGGAAACGACGUCGCGAAGAAGAGAAACGUUGGGAAUGGAAGAACAGGACUGAUCUCAUACAUCCCUCCGAACCCAGGAGAAUAAUACACAUACGUGUUCCCAGACCUAGACCAACCCUCAACAUCUCAUAAUAUGAAAUAAAAGUCAAGGUAAAAAACUGAAUUUCAUUUAACUUAAAUUAUAU